AUCGCCAAGCUACUACUACUACUACCACCACCACCACCUCUCUCAACAUUCUUUUGCUUGUUGCUUCACUGCACUGCACUCACUACACUACUACACUGUACUACACCACACCACACACACACUACACCUCCAUACCCGCCUUCUUGAUACAUUCCUCUUCACUCAUACUCACCCACAAAGACAACCAUCCGCUACCACAACUGUCCUUCACCACCCUCUCUCUAAUUAUCUUGUGUCCUCCACUCCCUAUUAACGUCCAGACGACGUUAUUCAAAAGAAAAAAAAAGGAAGAAACCCUGCUGCCUACCGCCCAUCCUUUGCCUCAAAUAGGCCCCUUCCCACCUCCCAACGACAUGAGCGUUACCACCUCCCCGGCCACUCUUGAUCCUCCACCGCUUCUCUUCCGCCAGCCUUCUCCUUCUCCAUUCAACGCCGCUCCGCUCUCUCCAAACCCCUCCGCCCACUCCGCCGACUCCUCACACUCGCACUCGCACUCCGACUCACACUCCCUCUCCGCAGCAAACAUGGCUUCCUUGCCGCCGCCCCCCGACGAUCACGACCACGAUAUCGACAUGACAACCUCCACAACACUACCUCGCCAAGAUGGUCAAAAUCACGACAGGCAAGACGCUGACAUGGCCGGUGCCGAGGACACGGCUGGCUCUCCUGUGCUGCCUGCAGACGACUCCACUAGCAGCGGUCAUGCUGAUUCUGACGACGAGUCGGAGGAUACCAUGCCCAACGAGGAGGAGGAGGAGGAGGAGGAGCAGGAGGACGAGGACGAGGAAGAGGAGGAUGUCAUGGACACCACUCCAGAUCUCACCCAGCUACACAACCUGCCCGCAGUCGUCGAUGCUCAUGCAGCCCACCAUCCUCCUCCUCCUCCUCCUCCGACCAUCAGUAGUAUCGACGCUCAGACCCCAGCUUCCAAUAAUGUCCCUCCUGUUCGUGUCCCUUCCCCCCAACCACCACCCUCGGUCCCGCAUCCUCCUCCCCCCGACGCUCAUGUUGAGGAUGUCGAUGAGGCUGGAGACGACGACUUUUCCGACGAGGACCAGCUGCACUCCUGGCAUCCCAUACAUGAAGACACCUCCGCCCCGGACGAGCGUGAAUUACGCGAUAUUGAGGCCCAUCCGGAGCAUUCGGCGCUUGAGCAUGAAUACUGGGAGAAGAAGACGUUUACCGAUCUCGAUGAUCCGGAAUACAUACCAGGUCCAACCGGCCGGAUCGAAUGGACUGUCCCCAAAUACAAUGGUUCCCGCGACUCGCCCAACAAAGAGCUGGUCAUGCGCUCGCACGUCGUCCGCAUCGGCGGCUACGAUUGGCAAAUCAAGUUCUAUCCAAAGGGCAACGACACCGAUCAUCUCAGCGUUUACAUUGAUUGCCUCACCGUCACCCACCGUGCCCCCGCCGCCGCCGCCGCCGCCGCCGCCAAGCAGCAGUCCAGAGAUGGGUCGGCCAGCAAGCUCGACAGGCCGGCUGACGAGCUCGACAACACUGGCACCACCACCACGCUCGAGACUCAAUUCACGCCCUUGCCCCUCUUGGACACACAGCCGCUGCCGAAGAGACCCAGUGUGGCGGCACAGGCCUCGGUCGUCGUCUACAAUCCCAACGAGCCGCGCGUACACUGCUUCCGCUCGUGUGCUCACCGCUUCUGCCCCGACUCUGCCGACUGGGGCUGGACGCGAUACCAUCCCAUCUACGAGAUCCACCAUCGUCUGCACGGCCAGCGCCAAGCCCUCCUCCGCAACGACACCCUGUCCUUUACCGCCUACAUCCGCAUCGUCGACGACCACACCGGCUGCCUCUGGGAGCAUGGCACCACAGACAACAGCUGGGACUCCUUUGCCAUGACCGGUCUGCAAUCCCUGUACGUGCCACGUCAGACUCCGGGCGGGAACCUGGUCUCGGCCGUCUCGACAUGGAUCCUCCUGAAGCCGUUUAGAGACCUCAUCACCCGCCUGGUCGUCCCCGACCCGUCAAGCCCGAUCCUCGACCACCCGAAGCCCUUCAUCGUCGGCUUCCAGUAUGUCCUCUACCGCAUGCGCACCCAGGUCCAGCCCCGCAUCGGGAAGAUAAACAUAGACUGGAUCACGUGGGGCUUCCGCUUCUAUGGCAUCUACCAUAAGCUGGAAAAGAUGGAUGUCAUUGAGAUUUGGGAGGUGCUCCGCACGAAGAUGGAGCAGGAACUGCGCGGCACCUGGGCCGAGAAUGCGCUGACGGAGAUAUUUGGCGAGAGACGGCAGUAUGCCGCGCCUGCGCCCGCGCCCACCUACAAGAUUCCGGUAAAGGGGCUUCACAGCAUACAGGAAGCCGUCGAUGCGUCUGAAAACAUGCUCUCCGACACCCAGGAGCUGCCCCAGGUACUGACCCUUGAGCUUGCCAGGCAGCAAUUCGACGUGCCCACCCGCACCUGGAACAAGCUCACAAACGAGGUCACCUUGGACGAGUCGAUCGUGGUACGCGGAACGUCCUGGACCUUGUUUGGUCUUGUCGCCCAUUCGGGUGACCCCCAGUCUGGCCUGUACAAGUCGGUCCUUCGUCCAAACGGCCCGGACGGGGGGAAAUGGUACAGCUACCUGGACUCGCGCGAGGAGUACAAGGUCGUGUGUCUGACCAGAAGGCAAGCCCUCACCGCGCACGAGGGUUCACGCUCAAAGUCUCCGAAUUCAACCGUGGCAUAUGCCGUCAUCUAUAUCCGAAACGACAUGACAGAGUCUGCCUUUUUCGCGCCCGAGAUUGCGUGGAAAGCUCCCGCCUGGAUGCCUCGCGAGUCCAUGGUCGACUGCGGCGACAUGGGUACGACGACGACGACGACGACGACGACGACGCCGCCGCCACCGCCACUACCACCACCAACACCGCCUGUCGGACAAGGAGGGGACGACUACUCCUCCUCUACUACUACUACUAUCACCUCUCCCUCCCCCUCCUCUGUAGAUGCUCCGUGCGCACUCAUGGCUGUCGAUUCGCGUGUAUUCUCACAACACGAGGGUCCCGGCUUCUUUGACCCCUACGAUCCGAAAUGGAGACCCGAAUCCUCCGAUCUGAUCCACUCCAUCCGCCUCAAGCCUUCCGACACCUGGAAGGUAAUUGAAUCGAAGCUGGCGUCCGUCUUUGGAGUACAGGACCCGCGGCAAUGCAAGUUCUGGAUCAUACGGGCGGGUUCGCGCGAAACCGAGCUGAGACCAAGUAGUACUGCCGCCAUGCCCGAUCACCUCGACGCGAGCGAGUCCUGGGUCCUGGGCAGAUUGCUGGGCGAUCCCAUCAAGUACCAGUGGUGUAUAUGGGUCCACGUACUCAAACAGGAGGACCUCCCUCCACUGGCGCCGCCGCCGCCGUUGUCGUCGUCGUCGUCGUCGUCGUCGUCGUCGUCAACAACACAAGGAACAGCAGCUUCCGCACAGAUGGCUGCCGGAAAUGCAUUCAGCCGCGAGCGGACCAUACCUCCGCCACCACUACCACCACCACCACCACAAGCACCACCACCACCUGCUGCAGGAGCUGCUGAUGAUGAGCUGAUGGGAGACGACAGAGUCACGGUUGCGGAAGACACGCCCAUGCGUGAGCCCCUCCAGGACGGUCGAGAGAAUAAUGCCGCCGCCGUUGUUCCAGCUCCCGUGGCCGUGGAAAUAAUACAUACCGGUAAUGGUCAGACGGCAGAACUGAUGGCUCCCGUCCGAGAUGCGGACAUGGCAGACGUCCUACUGGCCGUGGCCGUGCCUCCGUCACCCCCCCCUGCUGGGGCUAUUCUCGGUAAUGGCCCCCCCCGGGCGGAUGAUCCAAUUGCUCCGACUGUCGUCCCGCACCCGCCCAACUCCGCCACGGAGGUCUACUUCUUCUUGAAGUUUUUUGAUUAUGAACACCAGCGUCUGGAGAGCCGCGGCUUCCAUGCGGCGAGUAAAUCUGCUCGUCUCGAUACGGCCAUCCUGAAGAUUCUGGAUCUGCCGCACGAUACCCCACUCAACAUUGACGAGGAGGAAGACAUUGUGACGGUAACGCCGCUGCGUGCCCGCCGCUCCUUUGAGCAGAACAAGGUCGAUCGCCAGCGCAACCGGCUUCCCAUCCUCAUCGCCUCACCCACCCUCACUGGCCCCCAGCGCAUCGAGCUUGCCGCCCGCGGUGCCUUUUUCGACACACAAGCCCUGCUCCGUGCCCGGGCAAACGCGCGCAACUUUCCCGGCGUUGCCAACGGCCACUUUUCCUUUGCGCCCUUUGGCGGCGAGAGCUACGUUGGCGAGAUCAAGCACCACCACAUGCACGGCCAUGGCACGCGCGUCUACCACACCGGCAACUCGUAUACCGGCGCCUUUGUGCUCAACCAGCGCCAUGGCCACGGCGUCAUGACCUUUCAGAACGGCGACACGUAUACCGGCGAGUGGGCCGACGACCAGCAACACGGCCAGGGCACCUACAUUGAAGCCAGCACAGGCAACACCUACGUCGGCGGCUGGCGGCACGACAAGAGGCACGGCGAGGGCGUCACGCACUGGAAGAGUGCGCAGGAGACGGAGAAGCUCUGUCGGAUCUGCUGGGACGACGAUGCCGAGGCGGCCUUUUACGACUGCGGGCACGUGGUGGCGUGUCUGCCGUGUGCCAGGCGGGUCGACGUGUGUCCCGUGUGUCGGAAGCGGGUGUUGAGCUGUAUGAAGCUGUAUUAUGUCUAGUAGUCGAGGGCAAACCCGACGAGCCGUUGUACUGUACAAUCCCACCCACACACCCAACAAACCUGUCUCUCCCUCGAUCAGUCAGCUUUCCCCCUCCCCCCCGCCAAUCUCUCGAAACCCUCUCUCUCUCUCUCCCUCUCGCUCCCUUGA